CCGCUACAAAAUCCCCCUCGCUGGACCGCUCUGACAGAGCAGAGGCUGCUUUCCUCCCCGUUCGCCUCAACGCAUGAAGGUGACACGGCAGUGACGCCUGCCUGGGCAAAGCCUUAGUGUCCCGACCGGGCGGGAAACGCAGCCGAGAGGCUUUCGGCUCCAAGGGAACGGGUGCGGGGAGCGGCCGGACUCGCGUCCCGCGGGGGUCGAACGGGUGGGCUCCGGCUGCGGGAGCAGGCGCCGGCGGUCCCCGCCCCUCCGCCGGCAGCGCUCGCCCUUCCGUCUCGCAUCGUUGCGCCACAGCCCGCCGAGGAGCGAGAGUGAAAAUGAAUGAAGAGACUGUGUGUGCAGUACACCUCGGAGAAAAUUUCUGCCUCUAUUUUGCAGAUGAUGAUGGGCUGGAGUGCGAUGCCCUUUGUAAGGAAAAAACUCUCCACCGAGUCCUUCGAAAUGUAAAUAGCCAGUUGCUUGUGGUUCGACCAGAUUUAAACAUGGCAGCUUUUGAAGAUGUGACAGAUCAGGAGAUGAAAUCUGGCAGUGGAAUGCACUUCAACAUUCACUAUUACAAAACUACUACACCUUCAGCAGGGAUGCCUGUUGCAUUCAGCAUCCAGGUAGAAGAUAAAAGUUAUUAUAUGUGUUGUGAGAACGAAUGUGGAAAAAUGACAGUUCGAUUCAGAGAAGGAGAAGUUCCCAAAGAAAUUCCUGGUGAAAGUAACAUCAUCUUUUUCAAAAAGACAUUUACAUCUUGUAGCUCCAGAGCAUUUAAGUUUGAAUACUCACUGGCGCAAGGAAUGUUCUUGGCCUUUGAGAAAGAAGGCUACUUAAGAAAAUUAAUUCUAAAGAAGCUGUCAAGAGAAGAUGAAGUGGACGAAACCAUGAAGAUCAGUUUCUAACUUCAGUCAGAAUGAAAGUCACCACCUAUGACGUACUUCAACAGUCUUAAAAUGUAUUUUGGCUUUUUAUUAAAGAAAUCUUAUUCUUUCUUUAUC